AUGUUGGAGCCGCCAAAAGCGCGGACGCUGCGCAUGGAGCUGCAGACGGUGCAUGGAGAAGCGAACAAGCUCGUCGAGCGGUUCUCUGUCAAGCGCUGGCAAGAGCUUCUACAGCUGCAUCAGACGCUCGAGGCCCACGACGCGUUUCAUUGCAUCCCGCUUUCGGGCCACGACCGCGGGCUCUACGAGACGCUGCACCGGUCGUUUCCGCACGACAUGGUCACCAAGGCGCGACUCUUGGGCGUGUUUCGCGGCAUUUACGGUCUCGAGGCCGGCGCAGACGUGGACAAGCCAAAGCGCCAGUUGCUCAAGCAGCUCGAGCGACUGCAUUAUUGGUGUGAGAACUCGACGUCCAAGAUCCCAACCUCCCACACGAUGAGCACGCUCGUGCUCAACUGGCGCCUCCUCCUCUGCGCGUUUCGCGCCUUGCGGUACCCGGCGCAGAGCGAAGAGGACCUCUUUCGGUGGAGCUUCCUCGUCUUUAGUUCGUCCGGCUACUUGGACGAGUCGCCGCAGGCCACCAUCUCGCGCCAGCAGCUGUAUGAAAUCUUCAACAUGCUCAGCCCUAGCCACGCGUGCUCGCGCAUCAUCAACCAACGGAUUGCACAAGCAGACAACUUGCUCCCCGAGUCUGUUCUUGUGCGCGGUAGCAUUCGAUUUUCGCACAUGCAGAGGCUCAUGGCGCAGCCGCCGCUGCAAGAGCUCUUUGCCCCUGCGUCGAAAGCGACGCACUUUUUCCACGAGCUCACGAGCCCGUGUAUUCGCGAGUAUUUGUAUCUCGCACGAAAAGAAGCCCAGGACAAGGCCACGUGCCAGCGGUUUUUGCGCCAAUUCAAACGGCGCAGCUUGCGCAAGUGCAUGCGCGAGUGGUCGCUGUAUGUCGACGCGCGGCGCCGGGCGCGAGAGACAGCCAUUCGCUGCCUCUUGCAUCUCUCGACGUACAAGCAAGCCAACGCGUUUGAGAAUUUGAGAGAGCACGCUUUGCAAGACGUCGCUGCGUCCGAGAUCCAGCGUGUCUACCGUGGGCUGCGCGGGCGUAAACUCUUCCUGUCCGUCCUUGCGACGUACGAAGCCGCGGUUAGCAUCCAGCGCAUCUAUCGGCAGCGCGGCGACCUUCUCAAGUACCUCAAGCGACUCCAAAUGCAAAGUCGCUUUGCUGUCCAAAUUCAGCGUAUCUUUCGCGGUUGGCGGGGUCGGGUCCUCGCGCGCAAGGUGCUCCUGGCGUACUUUCAGGCCGAAAUGGCCAAGAUCCAAGCCGACCGAGCUGCGUUUUAUGCGUCCAUUCGCGACCGCGCUGCGCGCCAGCUUCAACGCUUCUGCCGCAAAUGCCACCGCCACGUCCAAGAGAAAAAGGCGGACGGCGACUCGCGCGAAAACCGCCGCGUCGAGCUUGAGAUGCAAGCACUUUUGGACGCGGCGGCGCGUCAAAAGCAAGAGCACAAGCGCGCGGUCACCGAGUACUACGACGCGCUGCGCGAAGAGACGCGCGCGGCCCAAGCGCGGCACAAGAUCGACGACAAAGAAAAGCAAAAGGUGACGCUGCUCCGGCGGCGGCGCGAGUGGGAAGAGGUCUUUCGAAAGCGCGACGAGACGGCCGCGGCCAAAGCGCGCGAAAAGGCCGAGAAAUGGACGCAGUUGGAGGUGGACUGGAGCGCCAAGGUCGAGAGCCGCGCGAAUCUUGUCCGCACGCAGCUCCAAGAGCUUCUGCUGCGACCGACGUCCAAGGAGCAAGAUGCCAUCAAGGCCGACCUCGAGCGCCGCACGACCGAACACUUCAAGGCACCGUCGGGCGUCGCGAUGGAGUCGUCCGAGAUCCGCGAGCGAGCCCAGCACGACGUCCUCGAGGAAGAAAUGGAGGCCGAGCGCGACCGCGUCCGCCACGAGUGGACACUGGCCGCCACCGCCUACAAGCAGCGAGAGCAAGACGACGUGGACCGCGACCGAAAAGCCGAGCUGCAAGCCGACGCGGCCCGCAAGUUUGCGGCCGCGACCCGCAUCCAGCGUGGUGCCAAAGUGUGUUUGGCGCGGCGCCUCUUGUGCCGCAAGGUCGAAGCGCUCUUUUUAAAAGAGUACGACGUGCCAAGCGGCCAAGUCGUGUAUCGCAAUCUUCGCACGGGCACGCUGUGCCCGAAACCCGCGUGUCUGGGCUCCAAGGACAUUCCGCUUCUCGACAAGUGGUACAUCGUGCCCGACAUUACUGGCGAGGUCUAUUACUACAACCCCAAGCAACUGCGCCAGUCGUGGGCCAAGCCCGAGGCGUGCAUCUUUUGCGAGCUCUGCUAUGCGCGCUUUGCGAGUGUCUACUGCCCCCAGCACCGAAAGGGGGUGUACGCUGACCCAAUUUACGCCUGCGAAUUGUGUUUUGCCGAAAAGUCGCCGUUCGAUGCAACGCUGGUCGCCGAGGCGUACGCGGUCGACGGCGCGCGGACGUAG